GUAUUCUUUCCUUGUCUUACCAGUGGUUGUGUUCUUUUCAACCGACAGGGAAUCCUAGAGAUUCGGGGAUAUUUGUGGCGAAAGAAAGAAAAUGGUUGUGUUCCGCACUGGAUCUGCUUUUACACGGUACCGGUGUCUCUAAACUAAGGAUAUUCAUUGGUUCAUUCAUUUUACUGAUUGGACUAAAUCUGAAUACUUGGUUCCGAAAUCGCUGAUAUGGUUCGGAAUGAAAAAUUCAUCUCUUUUAUGCAUAAAAACAAAUGCUUGUUUGUUAUGUUGUGGUUGUGUACGGUAGGAAUUGAAAAACAGAUUGUAUAAAAAAUAACAUUCAACAUCAGAUAUUGAAUGCUCCUUUCUUCUCUUUUUUACAUUUUUCAUGACCACUCAGAAAUUAUUUUGUACUAAAUUUUAGUUUGAAUUGGUUUGAUUCUGGAAUAUCUGAUCAUUUGAACAAAUUUUUCUAUAAAUCUGUAGAAAAAGUGGGAGCGAAAAGUUUUGCUAUGCGACAAUGGACGUACUGUGGAAGCAUCUCCAAGAUGAAGUAAAACUUCUAACCGCUGCAUUUAAAAUGACUUACAAAAAGAAGCACCAUUUGGUUUUGAUUUAAGCUGAAACAUUUUAAAUAUUAGGAAUUCUUUUCUGAUCGCCUUGUAUGUGAGAAUUGAUUUCUUUACUUUUAAGACUUAAGAUCUAUUUCCAUCGUCCAAUAUUUUCAGGAGUUUUAAUACCUUUGAGUCUAAAAUGGUAUUAUUGUUAUUAUUUUAUAUGUCUCCGAAGUGUAAUCAUGACCUGAAAUGAGUAGUAUUUAUAAGUGCACAUCUUUCCACUGAAAAGUACCCAUUGUAAGAAUGUGUGACUGCUCAAAGAUCCAGAAAUGUAGAUGUUUUAUAUGGCUCACCUUAAAUGAAGAGAAAAGAAAGAAUGAAAUAGAAAUGAAUAAUUUCUCCAUUGGUUGUGUUUAAAAUUUUCGAUUAAUUCUGCGAUUACAUAUCUUAUUGAAUGCGUUUUUUGAAUAUUUUUGUAUGCAAUCACAAGUGGGAGAUAUUAUGCUUAUGACUAAUGUAAAGAAUCUUAACAAAGAAAUUUUAAAAAACUCAUUUUUUGAUAAAAUAGACAUUUCAUUUGCGCAAUGUGUGCAUCAAAAUGUUUAAAUUGCAUGAACUUAAUUAAAAUUUCAUUUGCUUACUGACUCUAAAAAGAAAUUUGCUUGCCUGUGACUAAUGUUAAAUAGAUUUUUUUUCCCCUGAAGAAAUACAUACAUAGUUGCUUCUGCAAUGGAGAAACCAUUUGGCUGUAGCCAAACAUUUUCUCAGCAUCAACAAGUAGAGACACAGUUAUCUAUUAACGAAGAAGACAAGCCUUUCGCAUGCAACAUUUGCAGUAAAGUUUUUUCCCAGCGUUAUUAUUUAAAAGCACAUUUACGAACGCACACGAAAGAAAAACCAUUUGCAUGUGACAUUUGCAAUAAAGCUUUUUCACAAAAAAAGAAUUUAAAAGCGCAUAUGCUGACGCAUGCUAAAGAAAAACCAUAUGCAUGCGAUAUUUGCAGUAAAACGUUUUCUCUACGGCUUUAUUUCGAAGCACAUAUGCGGGCGCAUACAAAUGAAGAACCAUUUACAUGUGACGUGUGUAAUAAAGCUUUUGCUGGAAUUCCACAUUUACAGGCACAUUUACGAACGCACACGAAAGAGAAACUCUUUGCAUGUGAAGUAUGCAGUAAAGUCUUUUUCAAAAAAUCGGAUUUAAACAGGCACUUACUUACGCAUUCGGGAGAGAAACCUUUUGUUUGUGAUGUAUGUAAUAAAGUAUUUUCUAACAGCUCGAAUUUAAAGAAGCAUAUUCGAACGCAUACGAAUGAGAAACCAUUUACUUGUGAUUUAUGUAAUAAAGCUUUUUCUGCCAAUUCCAAUUUAAAACGACAUUUUCGAACUCAUACAAAUGAGAAACCGUUUGCAUGUGACAUGUGUAGUAAAGAAUUUGCUGACAAUUCGAGCUUAAAGAAACAUUUGCUAACGCAUACGGAAAAAAAAUCGUAUACCUGUAUCGCUUGUAAUAAAAUAUUCCCGCUGCGAUCUAAGUUACAUGUACAUUUAUGGACGCACAUGAAAGAUAAAUAUAAACCUCAUGUAUGUGACGUGUGCAGUAAAUCUUUUUUUAAAAAAUCGAAUUUGAAAAGACAUUUACUUUCGCAUUUGCAUUCGAAAGAGAAACCGUUUAAAUGCGACAUUUGUAAUAAAGCGUUUACUGAAAAAUCGCAUUUAAAAAGACAUUUAAAAAAAAAACAUAGGAAGGAGUUGCCAUUUGCGUGUAGCAUGUGCACUAAAAUAUUUGCUGAGGAAUCGAAUUUAAGAACACAUUUACAGACGCAUCUAAACAAGCCACCUUAUUCAUGCGACAUUUGUAAAGAAAAGCUUUCUGACAACUCGAAUUUAAAGAAACAUUUACGAACACAUACAAGAGAGAAACCACAUGCACUUGAUAUUGAUAAUAAAACAUGUUCUCAGCAGUCUAAAUUGCAAACACAUUUACUAAGGCCUACUACGGAAGAGAAACAAGUUACAUGUGACCUGUGUAAUAAUGUAUUUCCUGAAAUAUCCACUUUAAAAAAACAUUUAUGGACGCAUACGAUAUAACCUUUUGCUUGUGACUUUUAUAGCAAGAAUAUUCCUUAUUCAUUGUAUUUAAAGAUACAUGUACUGAUACUUUCAGUAAAACAACAACAAAAAAAAAA